CAGGUGCAGCAGAAAAAGAUUACGAUAUGGAAGACGACGAAAUGCUCGAAGAAGACCCAGGAGCUGAGUUGAGGCGGCAAUGCAUGGCAUACGCGCAAUCCAUAACAACAGUCAAGUCGGAAACAUUCUGGAAAGGAGAAGGUUCAAAGAGGUUGCGAGCGCCAGCAGCAGCAAGAGAAGGAAGGCAAGAGCGUUCAGACGCGGGAGUUCAGGCGUUUGGAGGAGGAACUUUGAUGUCAAACAUAUCGGACGUUCAGCAAAAGAUCAGACAACGUGGGUAUUCUCCUGUUCGAACAAUGGCAGACGGUCAAGAACGGCAUAGAUCACCGGAGAACGCACCGAGGGAUAGCUCUGUCAGUCCAGAGAGGGGAGACGCUGAGAUGGAGACGCAGAGCGAGGAGAGGAGCUCCAACACCAACUAAUAUGAGACGAUCAACGCUGCCAAGAGCGUGUGCUGUGUUGACAACGAUGCUUCAACCCCUUGUGUCGGAUGCUAUCUUGAAGCAUGUUUCGGGAACUUUCAUCAAUGUGUUCUGCUUGUUAUUCAUUUGCAUGAUGAAAACGCGGGAAGUUUGACUUCCUGUUCUUAAUCUCUGGGUUCUUCUAAAGAACAUUUUGCUGACUCUAGCAAUGUGCGCAUGUGAAGAUCGAUUCUGAUCGAUUGAUGGUAAUAAAAUAGUUUGAAUGCCUUG